CGGCCGCUCCUAGCCCGGGGGAUCCUGGGACUGGGCCUUUCCGGAAAGGACCCGGCUGCGCGUCUGGGGCUAGGCCCGUGUUCCAGGCCCGAGUUCCAGGCUCUUGCUCCAAGAAAGGCCCGAGCCACGACGACGCUGUAGUGACAGCGGAGGACGCAGCAGGCUGCUCGCUGAGGUGCCCGGCCUCGCCGCCGAGCGAGCCGCGGAGCCGCAGUACGUGGCGGUGCCUCCCCCUUGGCCCGGAGCGGAACUGCUGGAGGAGCGGCAGCGCAGGCCGGACAAGGUGAACCGGGUCAAUUAACUGCCUUCAGAUGAUGAGUCAUCCGCAUAACAAUCAGAUUUAAGGUCUACAGCCCUUUGUGGUCCUGCUACAGAACACUUUUAAGUGGAUGACUGAUUGGUGUGUUCUGAGGGGUGCCACGGUGACUGCUUGCCCUUGACAAGGAAAGUGAGCGCUCCAGCCCCUUGGACAUCCUCGUUUCCUUGACAGCAUUUCGGUUUUAAUCUCUUUCUCUGGCGUCUUUGUGCAAGAGGCUUUCCCAUGAAAGUGUCUCUUGGUAACGGCGAAAUGGGCGUUUCCGCCCAUUUACAGCCUUGCAAGGCAGGAACCACUCGAUUUUUUACCAGCAAUACUCACAGUUCCGUGGUAUUGCAAGGCUUUGAUCAGCUCAGAAUAGAAGGAUUGCUUUGUGAUGUGACUUUGGUACCAGGGGAUGGAGAUGAAAUUUUCCCUGUCCAUAGAGCUAUGAUGGCGUCUGCUAGUGAUUAUUUCAAAGCCAUGUUUACAGGUGGAAUGAAAGAACAGGAUUUAAUGUGCAUUAAGCUUCACGGGGUGAACAAAGUUGGUUUGAAGAAAAUAAUUGAUUUUAUUUAUACUGCAAAACUCUCUCUUAAUAUGGACAAUCUUCAGGACACACUUGAAGCUGCCAGCUUUUUACAGAUUUUACCUGUUUUGGACUUCUGUAAAGUGUUUCUUAUUUCAGGAGUCUCUUUAGAUAACUGUGUUGAAGUUGGGCGAAUAGCUAACACCUACAAUCUUAUAGAAGUGGAUAAAUAUGUCAAUAAUUUUAUCCUGAAGAAUUUUCCUGCAUUGUUGAGUACUGGGGAGUUUCUAAAACUCCCUUUUGAACGGCUUGCCUUUGUGCUUUCCAGUAAUAGUCUUAAGCACUGUACGGAACUUGAGCUCUUCAAGGCUGCCUGUCGCUGGCUAAGGUUGGAAGACCCUCGGAUGGAUUAUGCUGCAAAAUUGAUGAAGAAUAUUCGAUUUCCACUGAUGACACCACAGGACCUCAUCAAUUAUGUGCAGACAGUAGAUUUCAUGAGAACGGAUAAUACCUGUGUGAAUUUGCUUUUGGAAGCUAGCAAUUACCAAAUGAUGCCAUAUAUGCAGCCAGUGAUGCAGUCAGAUAGAACUGCCAUUCGAUCGGACUCGACACAUUUGGUUACAUUAGGAGGAGUUUUGAGGCAGCAGCUGGUUGUCAGUAAAGAAUUACGGAUGUAUGAUGAAAGGGCACAAGAGUGGAGAUCUUUAGCCCCCAUGGAUGCUCCUCGUUACCAGCAUGGCAUUGCUGUCAUUGGAAACUUUCUCUAUGUAGUUGGUGGUCAAAGUAAUUAUGAUACGAAAGGAAAAACCGCUGUUGACACAGUUUUCAGAUUUGAUCCACGGUAUAAUAAAUGGAUGCAAGUUGCCUCAUUAAAUGAAAAGCGCACGUUCUUCCACUUGAGUGCCCUCAAAGGACAUCUGUAUGCCGUUGGUGGGCGAAGUGCCGCUGGUGAACUGGCCACAGUAGAAUGUUACAACCCAAGAAUGAAUGAGUGGAGCUAUGUUGCAAAAAUGAGCGAACCCCACUAUGGCCAUGCUGGAACAGUGUAUGGAGGCUUAAUGUAUAUUUCAGGAGGAAUUACUCAUGACACUUUCCAAAACGAGCUCAUGUGUUUUGACCCAGACACAGACAAAUGGACGCAGAAGGCUCCAAUGACUACAGUCAGAGGUCUGCAUUGCAUGUGUACAGUUGGAGACAAGCUCUAUGUCAUUGGUGGCAAUCACUUCAGAGGAACAAGUGAUUAUGAUGAUGUUCUAAGCUGUGAAUACUAUUCACCAACCCUUGACCAGUGGACACCAAUUGCUGCUAUGUUAAGAGGUCAAAGUGAUGUUGGUGUUGCUGUCUUUGAAAAUAAAAUCUAUGUUGUAGGUGGAUAUUCUUGGAAUAAUCGUUGUAUGGUAGAAAUUGUCCAGAAAUAUGACCCAGAAAAGGAUGAGUGGCAUAAAGUUUUUGACCUUCCAGAGUCUCUUGGUGGCAUUCGAGCUUGUACUCUCACAGUUUUUCCACCUGAAGAAAACCCUGGGUCACCUUCUAGAGAAUCGCCUCUUUCAGCACCUUCAGAUCAUUCUUAGGUCUAAGGUCUUAAUAUUUUUGCAGUGUAUAUGGAUGAUCUCAUAAUGCCCCUUCAGUUGUAUCUUCUUCCAAUGAUUAGUACAGUCAUUAGAUAAAAAGGUAACUGAUGUUAUUUGUAUUGUUUGACUUAGUAUGUUUAUCAAAUGGUUAAAUGCAUUCUGAAAAUGUAUUAACACAGCCAGCUGUUUUAACAAAUGUAAAAAGAUCUGUAAAAAAUGUUAGAUGUCUUUUUUGUGGUGUUGUGUAAGUCAAAUUGUAGGUGACUGUCGUAAAUGUAUGAUUAUAUUCAUUAUUGCUUCAAAGUUGAAAGUUUUUAUCUUUGACUGCAAAACAUCAAAGCGAGGCUGCCAGCUCUAACCUAAAAUAUUAAACAAAAAGUCGCCAAAAAUUAUUAGCUACCUCCCUUUUUUCAUAGUUUUUGACAUAGCUGCCAACUCACCAGAUUGUGUUGGGUACACUCAGAGUAUGUGAAGUUUCUUUCCUUUUUUUUUUUAGCUGAGCCAUCCUGCCACCUGUUGGCAGCUCAGCGGCAGCUCAUCUCGGGCCGG